CAGCCACGGGCAGGCAGUUACAGAUUAAUCCGUAAAUAAAAAGUAUCGGGGGGAAAAGCUGUGUAGUCGUUUUGCACACUACAAAAUUUGCUCAGGAGUGUUUACUCUGUGCUUGAAUUGCUUUUUAUACAAAGAGAUAACAUGCUACAGGAGGUGAAAGUAGGUUAAGACGAGGAAACCUGUGUCUGGUUUUACCUGACAAGCAUGACGGGCAUUCGACAGUGGGUGUCACACACACACACACACACACACACACACACACACACACACACACACACACACCCCGACGCACUAGUCGUCUCAAGUGUUUGAGAUAUGGAAUUCAGAUAUACUGUAGAAAUUGCUUCAUGUUUCAAAUGUGAACGCAAACACGCGGAAGCGUUCGAGAGGCAGUGCAUUUGGAUACGUACCUGUGUCCAUUUGUUGCUUUACAUCACAGUUGCUGCCUAUUCCAGUGAAAUCGGAAAUCCCAUAACAGAUGACAUCAAGAAAAUUUCAUUGCUGAAACAGAAUAUUCCAAAAGACUACAAGAUCACCGUACAAUAUUUGCCUAAAGAAGUGAGUGGUAUGUGCUGGGUGAAGCUCAACGUAUUUCACUUGGAGGAGAGCUUAAAAGAACUGGCCCAGAAGUUUGGGAAUAUUUCCUCCAAUAAAGCUUACAUAGAAACAUUUGUCCAAAUGUUACGAGAGAUGCGAUAUAUCAUUGGACAUAGCUUGGAGGAUUCCAUGCUGGAGUUUCAGUGCCACUACAGAGAGGAGAAAUGGCUCACGCCACGCUAUUUUGAAUUUGUGGAAGACUUUUUCAACACAGCCAAUUCUUCAAGAGAAGUAGAAGACUGCGAACCUCCGCCAUGCCCAACGACGAUAAAAACGAAAGAAACGACGACGGCGGCGGCAACAGCGGCGCCGACGCAGCAUCCUUCACCUCCUCAAGGCGGCUCCAUGAAUCAGAGGACCUUUUCGGUGGUUGUGAAGAGGAGUCUCUUUUCACUCCUUUUCAUUCCUGCCAUCGCUGCCGUGUUGCUGCUCGUCUGGAAGGUGAAAUCCAGAAGAAACACCUCUUUGGCGCAGAGUAGUACAGAAGGCCCUCCGCUGUUUAUUGGAGCCGAGCCCAGCGCCCCACCGCUAGAUGAUGAAAUAUCUGAAAAUAAACGAUUAAACAACAUCUGUGCAGUGUAACCCGAUCUGUCUUCAUCAUAACCGAUUGUACAGCGGACGAAAAGGCAGCAACUUGAGAUCCACACGUGUAACUUCCUAUUCUCUCAGCUAUGAGGGACAAGUACUGACCUCCAACGAAGAACGGCCCACUGAGUUACAAUGAUGUUUCUAAGAACAAUGGUCGGACCUUUUCUGUGGUAGGAGGGUGGAGGAGGAGGAGGAAGAGGAGGAGGAAGAGGAGGAGGAGGGUUGUUUGAGGUCGUUGUUCCUUCGGAGGACUGAUGGCUUGUCGAUGGCUUGACUGUGAUCCAUGCAUGGAGAUCGUACAGGAGGAAUGUUGUUCAAAAAAUCCUGUCGGAUCCACCUGAAGAGCGUUAGUUCCGGUUUCGACGUGAACGCAGCUGAGAGUUCCUGAAUAAGCCAGAACGAGCACAAAGAAGAACGGAAGGCAGAACCGACUACAUCUCGUCCUCUUCCCUCCUGCUUCCUGUUUCGUAGAGUUCUCUCGCUCUUUGUGUCUGAGCUUCGGGCAUCCUACUUGUUUUAAUCCAUAAAAAAAAAAUUAUUCUUCAGUUGUAUCAUCUGAAUUGUGUAUCGUUUUUAAUGUCGCUUAACUGGUGGUGUGGACUUAAUUUAUUUAUUUUGUUUCUCAGAAUAUGUUAUAAAAGUAAACGAUUUGUUGCUGCUCCGGCGUGGGUAGUGAGCGAGAUGAUCGUGGAAGUGCUAGGCUUGAAUCCCGUGCUCCUUAAACUGCAGCUGUCACACUAAUGCUAGCCCUCGGGCUGUCUAAUUACGGUCUAAUCUUUCUUACUUUUAAAACCUGUUCACUCCAUUUACAGAAUUCAUAAUAGAGGCUUCAGCUAGCUUUACGAGAAUCGCCUAGCUGUGAUCCAUGAGUUCAACCCACGAUGCAAUUCAACUUUCAAUUCAGGUUCACACGCUACUGACAUAUGAACCAUUUUAAAUAUCGGAGAUGAACUUUAAUGGCUUCCAGUCGAACAAGACAAUCAACGUGUUCACCAAAACUGAUUUAACACUCUGUUUCCUAAUAGUUUGUAAUGAAAGUUAUUCAAUUUUAAUAGAUGUUAUUACAUAGAUGAUACAAUUCUCUGAAAAACAGGGCACAUGUAUAUUUCUGCUCCGCAAAAACUAAAUCUAAAGUAAUUUACAUUUUUAUAUUGUAGUUUACAUGCAACAACUUUUCACUUUGAACAUUUCACAAAAGGCCAUGAAUCUGAUAUCUUACAUUAGGAUUGAACAUUUUUUAAUCCUGUGCCUUUUGUUAACGCAGGUCCCCAUUACACUGAUCCUGGAUAAGCAGCCAUAGUGUGUGUGUGUGUGUGUGUGUGUGUGUGUGUGUGUGUGGGGAACAAUUGUGAUAGCAGAGCAUUAAUUAAAACACUGUGUGUAACACUUAACAUCAAGGGUCAUUUAACUAACACUAUUCUCAGUGAGUCAAAUCAUUUGGUUCACCAGUGACCAAGAGUCGACUCUUUUGGCUUCCAGUCAGCCAUUUUGUUCUAAACCAGACAAACACAGAUGACACAAAUUUCAGCGCGAUAUAUAUCGAAUCAUCAACAUGGUCAUGGUGGACUCUUGUGCGCUGUUUGGACAGACAAAGAAACAAAAUUGUUCAUUUGAUUGAAUUAACAGAAAGAAUGUUUUAUUUCAGUGUUACGUAAAUAAAUACCACCUGCUUUAA